AGUCGCUGACGUUACCGGUAGCUGCCGACAUCCAUCCAUUUAGUCGAGCCUCCUACCGCAAACCGGCAAGAUCCGCGGACAGACCGCCUUUCUUCGGCCGAGUUCUCGUUGCCGCCGGUCCGGCUAAACGUCCGAACGUGUUUCGACGUAAAUGUUAACGAGCAAGAGAUACCUAAGAGCCGUUUAAUCGGAGUUGGCUUUAAUUCAGUUUACUCCCAAGUUGCUGACGUCGGUACAAGCCCCAUCCAGCCGCCCCAGAUAAGCGGUUCUCGCUCGACCCGGGAUCCUCGGGUGAUUUUGAUCUCGAGCAAACGGGAUAAGGCUCGUAGCCGCUGGGAGUAUCGCAACCGGGAUGAGUCUGCGGUGGAUCCAGGAGAAUUGCGUAGCUCCGGUCUGCGACGAGGAAUCGAGCGACAUCGAUGACAGCUGUAGCGAUGACAGCUACGACGCCGAAUUGGGCCAGGAAGAUGAGGUCGACCAUCGCAGGGACAAACGGGAGACCCUGAGACCCCCAACGGAGACGAUUCGCUUCGACGAUAAUGGGGUGCCUCGUCGGGACGUGCAGAAGAAGGACCGACUUCCCUUGUACGUGGUCUGGGAUCCACGGGGACCAGCUGAAAAUCCAAUUUACGGUUCUCUGGUUAUCCAGCUUUAUUGUCGCACUGGUUAUCACCUGGCUGUGAGCCCGUCUGGAUUAAUAUGUGGCGCAAGUGCCACCGACGAAUCGCACGCUCUACUCAGCAUAUCAACCGUAUCUUUUGGGUUGAUAAGAAUUCAAUGCAUCGAGACUGGCCUAUACGUGGCUUUCAAUCAUAAAGGUCGAUUAUACGGAGAGCCUAACGUGAGUAAAGAGAACACGGUCUGGGAGCAGUGGAAGAUCGGAUCUUACGAUGCUUUUCGAUCACGAAAAUAUGUAGAGCUUGGCUGGUGGAUAGGGAUAAAGAAGAACGGACGUCCCAAGCUCGGAUCGAAAACCGCUUGGGGUCAAAAAGCUAUUCAGUUCUCUCCCAGACAACUUAAAUACUGAUCGCCGACAGCGUGAACCACCUGUUUUUUUUUUUCAAGCUUGGUGAAUCUUAAACUGUUUUACAGUGGAAGCUGUAAAUCGAGUAUUCACGAUAUUAAGGCACAAUUGCUUCUAAAUGCAUUUUAGAAAUUAACGAGACGAUGAAACUCUUCGGCAGAACGAAUGUUUUACAGAACAUCGGAUUCUUUGUGCUUGUAAGCUUAAACUUCAUUGCAAGAUUUGGGAAGUGUUCUGUGCUAAAAGUAGAGAAAGUAAUGUUUCCUGCAAGCGAGCUCUGGCGGUCCUGGAAUAUUCAGUGCGUUAGAAUACGAAGAUCCAAUAAUGAGUUGAUAAAGUAUGUUAGCAUCUAAUCUUCUUAUAAUCGGUACUUCCUCCUGAUAAUACUAUAUAACUGAUUUUUUUCUCUCCCUCUUCUGUACAUCUACAUACAUGGCAAUACGUUUAAAUAAUGUAGUCGUCAUAAAGCACAGUAUAAUUAAUUUAGUUGAUUUAGCAAAGCUUUAGAUAUUUCUUUCUUAACAGAGGCAUAACAUUGACGAUAUACGUAUCGGUGUAUUAUGCAAGGCAAUUGAAUGCCUAUGUAAUGAUAAAUGAUAAAUUAUCCAGCAAAGUA